AUGACCGUCCAGGCCAGGAGAUCUUCCGCCGCCUAUAACAAACCCUCACCUUAUAACUCACGAACACACGAUAGCGACGUCGAGAAACAACCCAUUGGCCGUCAUCCCUACCGCCAUCACCGUCGCAGCGAUGACUCCGAAAGCGAAUCCGAAAGCGACGACAAUGGCGGCCCAGAACACUCCUCCACCUCCUACCCACCUGUCAUGAACGGCGCGGGCCUGCGCCGUGCCCAGGCCGGCGUGGGGUUCCGUGUGCCUCAGCGGAUUAUGCGAUGGCUCUGUUUCGCUCUCUUCGUCUCUCUCCUCCUGUUUGUCCUCACACUCUUCCGGUUCACCAUCUCUUCGUCGAUCUCGCCGGUCGUGGUCGAACUCCCUAAAGCCAACACCAACAAACCUCCUCAAUGGGAGAGCUUCCCAAUGCUGAAUCGCUAUGAGGGCGGCCUGUCGAAAUUGAUUGCACGCAAGGACAAUGUUCCCGAAUACCCUGGCGAUGGCCCAGAAGGCAUGCCACUUCCGCGGGACGACACUUCGUCUGCGGACGGCGAAGAGAAUAAAUUGAGCGCCAGGGACUUGAAGCCGACCAUGUCGAGCUCGAUUUUCAACCCAUACCCCGACUACGCGUCCGCCGACUACGUUAGUAAAUAUGGCGAGAAGCGUGAGUGCUUCUUGGACAGGGACGGCAAGACUCGCGUACCGCUCAUCCAGUCCUACCCUGGAGUACCAGAAGGAUUCCCAGACCCAGCCAUGGGGUCGAACUCAAUGCUGGGAAUCCAGGAUGAUAUGUGCUUUGAUCGGUUUGGCCGUCUUGGCCCUUAUGGAUUGGGGUAUGGGGUCAAGAAAGGCGGCAUUGGCGCUGGUCUGGAAGGUCACCGCGAUGGCGCCGAGCGCAUUUGGGAGGAUUCCCCUCCAAUUGACUACCGUGGCGUGGAUUGGGCUGGCGCACAGCAAAGGUGCCACGCUGCGAACCGCCAUCGUUUCAGUGAGCUACCAGAGCCGCGCCUGAACCGGUUCGUCUCGAUGCCCGUGGGCGUUCCCAAUGUGAACAUCCCCUCCCCGGAGGAUAGCUCGACGACGAAGCCUAAGAUUGGCUCGGAUCGACUCCCGAGGACUGCUGUCGUUAUUCGAACCUGGCACGACUUCCAGUACACCCCCGAGGACAUCAUGUAUUUGCGAUCUGUGAUCUCCGAGCUGUCGCUUGUUUCCGGUGGCGAGUACACCAUCCAUUUCCUUAUCCACGUCAAGAACGCCAAUCUUCAAAUUUGGUCGGACGACGAGACAUACCAGCGUGUGCUGGACGAGGCAUUGCCCGAGGAAUUCCGUGGUAUGGGGACACUUUGGUCGGAGCAGCAAAUGGCUCUGAUGUACCCCGGCCUGGAGGAAACCUUGACUCGCGGCUUACCCAUCCACGGUGUAUACCGCAGCACUUAUAUGCCUAUGCAGUACUUUGCCUACCAACACCCUGAAUACGACUAUUUCUGGAAUUGGGAGAUGGAUGCCCGCUAUACUGGCCACUGGUACCAUCUCUUUGACAAGGUUGCCGAGUGGGCCAAACAACAGCCUCGCAAGGGUCUCUGGGACCGAAAUGCCCGCUUCUACGUUCCCUCUGUUCAUGGUUCAUGGGAUGACUUCCGCCACACAGUUCGCGUCCAGACGGAGAGUGGUACCAACAGCCCUAAUAAUCUUUGGAGUGCUAGGAAGCCCAGCGCCGAUGGAGAGAACGCUCGCAGUAUGAUGCACCACCAACAAGGUGACAAAUCCAUCUGGGGCCCCGAGCGGCCCGACGAGCGUGAUAUCUUCGAGGUGGAGGGUGAAGGAAUCCCACCGACCACGAUGGAGAAGGACCAAUAUACCUGGGGCGUUGGCGAAGACGCCGACCUUAUUGUUUUCAACCCGCUAUACGAUCCCGAAGGCACUACUUGGCUACUUCGCGACGAUGUUACAGGCUACAACAAGGAGAAGGGCAUGCCCCCGCGCCGAACUGCAAUCAUCACCGCUUCUCGGAUCUCCCGCAAGCUUCUUACCACCAUGCACCGCGAGUGCAGUCUCAAGCACCACAGCAUGUUCUCAGAGAUGUGGCCCGCAACAACAGCUCUCCACCACGGUUUCAAGGCCGUCUUUGUCCCGCACGCCGUCUACAUCGACCGCCGAUGGCCCACACGCUACUUGGAGUCUGUCUUCAAUGCCGGUCGUAACGGUGCCUCUGGCGGAGCCCGCACGUCUAUCUUUGGUGAGCGCGAGCACAACUUCAAGGGUACAACUUGGUUUUACUCUGCCGGCUUUUCGCCGAAUAUCUGGCGCCGUUGGCUUGGACUGCGCGUCGACAAUGACGGUGGCGAGCAACAAGAGUUGGCCGGCGAGGGCCGCAUGUGUCUCCCACCUAUGCUCCUACAUCCAGUUAAGGGUGUGUCGAUGGUUAUUGACGACGGAGAACAUGCCGAAGAUAUGUGA